AAACUGACAUCAGUCUGCGGUCCGGUCGGAAGUCGUCAUGUACCUAAAUCGGUUUAAGUAGUCCACGAAGAGCUGCUUAAAGCUCACAAGCUGCGCAGUCACCGUGUGCUUCGGUAGCAUUGACACUUUGCACAGUUAUUCUCAGCUCGCUUUACAUCGCGUAUAUCGCGUAUAUUACAUCGCGCAAGUGAUUGAAGAGAAGAGAAGUUUUUCUUAAUAAUGGGAAAAUUUGCUGUAGUGCUUCUGACGCAGGCCCUCCUCAUCUUACCGAUUAUUCUGGGGAGUCGUUUUCACAGUUAUGAGUCUUACAAACAGUAUUACAAUAAUCACGUUAAUGGCGGAUUGAAACCAACGACCGCUUCGUACGAAAUGCCCAAGGAAUCGUAUUACAACCCUAAUAAAGUGGAUACAUCUGUAAAUAACGGUAUACAUGCGAGCAUGGAUCGUUUUGGAUUUUCGGACGUAUCGCAAAUGAGAAACGGCAACGAUAAUUACGCAGGAGUGACACACUGCGAUCGAAGGAGACAAACUUAUUGCGAGGACGUCCCGAAUUAUCCUCAGGAAUUUGUGAACCAGAUGCUCGCCGCGAAUUCCAGCCUGCUAUAUUACGCGUCUGAGGACUUUAAGGAGAGCAACCUUACGCCGAAAAUAGACGACCAAGAGACUCCACUUUGUCUGUCUAUGGAGAAAUUGAUUUAUCCAAAAAAAGCCGUAAACAGGAAUAACGUGUGGCUGUACAUCCUCCAGUCGGAGGAGCCGAAGUUCUCUCAAGGUUUACGAAUCGAAGCUUGCUCAGAGGAGAACGCUAAGUGCCAGGUAAUCGACGUACCCGGUGAGGGAUACGUCGCGAUGUGCAAGCAGAAACACAUUUACCGCGAUCUCACUGCCAUUUCCAAAACUGGCGAGAUUAUCCGUGAUUACUUCUGACUUCUCGCGAGUUGUUGCUGUCACGUUGAGUACAGAGCCGGUGAGGAGAGUGCGAGAGAAAGAUGAUUCUCAGAAGAUAUCUCUCCUCGGUUUAUGCGAAAGACAUACGUAUAAGUAUAUUUAAAAAAAUAACU